CGAGCCCAACCGAACCCCGCCCCGGACCCAAACAAACAACCCUAGCCUUCCGCGUCGCCCUACGCGCGCCUCGCCUCCGCCGCUUUUCUCUCCGCCCCGGAAACAGACUCGCCGCCUCCCAUCCCAUUGCCGUCCUCCUCGCCGGCCGAUGGCGCUGGAGACGCGGAAGCUCUACGUCGGCGGCCUCCCGCCGUCGGCGCAACAGGAAGAACUCCAGGAGCACUUCGGCCGCUACGGCGAGGUGCUGCGCGUCCGUGUCGUCCGCGACUGGGAGACGGGCCAGUGCCGCGGCUUCGCGUUCGUCGAGUUUGCCGACGACGAGGGCCCGCGCGCCGCGCUCCAGGAGAAGGAGAAGGCCAACCAUGUCUUCGGCGACCGCACGGUGGAUGUUAAACGAGCUCGAACCAGGCCAAUGCGAUACCAAAAUGAGCAAUCAUUCUACCAAUACGCUUUAAAUCAGAGCCCAAUUCAGAGCCCAGUUCACAACCAGUGGUACACUCAGUCUUCUAGUAACAACUCAUAUGCUGGUAAUGGUCAUAGAAGUUGUGAUCCAAACAAGGUCUUUGUUGGUGGGCUACGAGGUAAUGUUACCAAGGAGCACCUCCAGAGCUAUUUUGAGAAGUUUGGCAGAAUAACAGAUGUUGUUGUGAUACGUGAGGGGGCUAGUCAGAGAUCACGAGGCUUUGGUUUCAUUACAUUUGAUUCAGAGGAGGCUAUGGUAAAUGUCUUGGAGAGUAAAUUCCAUGAUUUGAACGGUACAAAGGUUGAAACUAAGAGAGCUAUUCCCAAGGGUCAUAGCUACUACCAGGAUACGCGACAAUAUAAUCCUAUGAUAUGGGAUGGCAACAAUCCUCCCAUUGGCUUUGCUGGAGCAUACCCACCUCACAUGCAGCAUAUUGUUAAUAAUCAUUAUGUGAUGCCUAUGCCACAAUACAUGUGCUUACCAGAGUAUGUCUACAUGAUGAAUGGAGGAGUCCCCUUGACAAGGCAAGGUUCACUCUAUACAGGCUAUGGAACAAUUGGGUAUGGGUAUGAUCACGUGAAUACAAAUCGUUUUGGUGCUCAACUUGGGGAAGCUAAAAGUGAUAACAAACUGAUUGAAGACAUAAAAGAGCAACAAGUGGACCUACCAGCUACCAGGCAAGAAACUUUGGGCAUGGAUGACCAGGCUACUGUUACAACAUUGUAACGAUGGACAGCAACUUGUUAUCUGGGAACUCGGCAACUGUGAAGAACUUGAGAUGAAAUUCUUUGGUGACAAUACAUGUGUGGAAAUCCUGCGCUUACUUUGGACCUUGUGUACAUUGCAACCGGCAAUAGACCCUCCUGUACCAUGUUUAAACUCUAUGUUACUGCUGUUACAUUUUUUGUGGUGACGAACCUGUUUUGGAAUUGGUCUGGGUUACACAUGUUACCUGUGCGUGGUUA